AUGGCGGACAACUACACGGAAGCCACAACGCCCAAGGCCAACACCACGGCGUUCGACGAAGCCAACAAGGCCGCCGCACGUCUGAUCAAGCCCAAGGCCAUCCUGUACACGAGCGCGUUCCUGUCGUGGCUGCAGCCGUUCCAGAGCGGCUGGUCCACCUCGCAGACGAACCUCUCGCAGUACAACGACACGGACGAGUGCAAUGCGCGCCCCCUGGAGUGGACGUUCGCUGUGAACGCGUGGAUCUUCGGCGCCAUGAUCGACUCUCUGUGCUGCGGCCACUUCAGCGACCGCCUCGGCCGGAAGAAGACGCUGAUGCUCAACUGCAUCUUCAUGUUUGUGGGCGGCGUGGUCGAAGCUUCCGUCUCCAACAUCUGGGCGUUCGCCGCCGGCCGUCUGAUCGCCGGUCUGUCGUCGGGCACUGCCACGGGCACCAUCGGCGCGUACGUGAACGAGCUGUCUCCGCCGCCCAUGCGCAACACGCUGGACCUGGGGCUGCAGAUCUUCACCACCAUCGGCAUCUUGUUCCCCGCGAUCUGCUUCUUCUUCGCCAACACGAGCUCUGGCUGGCGCUACCUGGCCGCGUUCCCGUGCAUCCUGGCCGUGAUCUACAUGGUGCUGGCGCCGUCCAUGUGCAUUGAGAGUCGCGCGUGGCUGCUGACCAAGGGCCGCACGGAGGAGGCCAAGCAGGUCAUCGCUCGUCUGUACGGCGAGGAGCACGUGCAGACGGCCAUGUCGUGGCUGGAGGUAAACAAGAAGCCGGAGACCGCCGAGGAGGGUCUGGCUGCUCCCAAGCAGGAGUCCAUGUUCGCGCCGCGCUACCGCAUGCAGCUUCUGGGCGGCAUCUUGCUGUCCUGCGCGCAGCAGCUGUCGGGCAUCAACGCCGUGUUCUACUACUCGGGCAGCAUCUUCUCGGACGCCGGCAUCUCGGACUCGCGCGUGGGCACGCUCAUCAUCGACUUCAUCAACAUCUGGCCGGCCUUCUUCACGGGCGUGCUGGCCAACCGCUUUGGCGCCCGUAACAUGAUCCUGUGGGGUCUGGCCGGCAUGUUUGUCAUGUCGGUGCUCAUGACGGUGGCGUUCAUCGUGGACGUGUCUGCUCUGUCGAUCGUGUUCACUGCGCUGUACGUGAUCGCGUUCGGCGUGACGCUGGGUCCCCUGGUCGCGUCGUCGCUGUGUAUUGGCAUGAACUGGUUGUGCAACCUCAUCGUGGGCGUGGCGUACCCGUACAUUUCGGACGCGCUCGACGACUACGCGUACGUUCCGUUCGUGGUGUUGCUGGCGAUCUUCUUCCUGCUGGCGCUGAAGUUGGUGCCGGAGACGUCGGGCAAGUCGGCCGAGGAGAUCCUGGCCGAGUACGACUCGCGUCGCGAAAAGUAA